AUGGCGAAUAGCAGGCCAGAUGCCAACGGAUCGCAGUUUUUCUUCACAUAUGCAAAACAACCGAGUUUAGACGGUGUCUACCCGAUUUUCGGCAGGAUAAUUGAUGGCUUUGACACGCUAGAUGCUUUGGAGAAAGUUCCCGUAGACGACAAAUACAGGCCGACGCGAGAGGUGUUGAUUAAAAAGGUCAAAAUACAUGCUAAUCCUAUAGCUGAUGCCCAACGGUAG